GUGGCCCAGGGCUGAGGACAUGGUGACGAGUAGACAUGGCUCAAUUUUCUGAGGUCCUGGCCGAAAUCGGCGACUUUGGUCGCUUCCAGAUACGGCUGUUGCUAAUGCUGAGUGUCCCCAACUUCCUGACUGCCUACUACAUGUUUGCCCAGGUCUUCAUCGUCCUGGAUGAGGCCCAUCAUUGCUCAGUGGCCUGGGUCAAGAACCACACUUUGAACCUGAGCGCUGCUGAGCAGCUGAACCUAAGUGUGCCUUUGGAUGCUGCAGGCAACCCAGAGCCCUGCCUCAUGUUCCGGCCGCCCCCUGACAGUGCCAGCCUAGAGGACAUCCUCAGCCACCGCUUCAAUGAAACACAGUCUUGCGAGAUGGGCUGGGACUACCCUGAAGACAGGCAACCGUCCCUAAUGAAUGAGUUCAACCUGGUUUGCCAUCGGAAGCACCUGAAGGAGACCUCGCAGUCAGUGUACAUGGCUGGGCUCCUCGUUGGCGCUGUCAUCUUUGGGCCUCUCUGCGACUUGAUUGGCCGCAAGGCCACUAUCCUGGUGCAGCUGCUCCUCUUCGCCAUCUUCGGUCUGGCCACAGCCUUUGUGCCCAGCUUUGAGCUCUACAUGGUCCUGCGCUUUGCUGUGGCCACUGCCGUUGCUGGAUAUACCUUCAGCAAUGUCACCCUCCUUACAGAGUGGGUGGGGCCCUCGCGGAGGACGCAGGCUGUGGUCCUGGCCCAGUGUAACUUCGCCCUCGGGCAGAUGGCGCUUGCGGGCCUCGCCUAUGGCGUCCGUAACUGGAGGCUCUUCCAGAUUGCUGGCACUGCACCUGUCUUGCUGCUCUUCUUCUACUUCUGGGCUCUGCCAGAAUCAGCAAGGUGGCUCCUGACCCGGGGGAGGGUAGAGGAGGCUAAACGAUUGAUCCAGAAGGCAGCCUCGGUCAACAAGCGGAAACUUUCCCCAGAGCUUCUGAGCCAGCUGGUCCCAGAGAAGACAGGCCCCUCAGGGAAUGCCCUGGAUCUGUUCAGGCACCCCCAGCUGCGGAAGGUGACCCUGAUUCUCUUCUUUGUCUGGUUUGUGGACAGUCUGGGGUACUUCGGCCUGAGUCUCCAAGUAGGGGACUUUGGCAUAGACAUCUACCUGACGCAGCUAAUCUUCGGAGCCGUUGAGGUGCCCGCCCGCUACUCCAGCAUCUUCAUGAUGCAGUGGUUUGGCCGCAAGUGGAGCCAGCUGGGGACUCUGGUUCUGGGUGGCCUCAUGUGUAUCGCCAUCAUCUUUGUCCCAGCAGAUCUGCCCGUGGUGGUCACUGUGCUGGCCGUGGUGGGGAAGAUUGCCACGGCUUCCGGAUUUACCAUCUCCUACGUGUACUCUGCUGAGCUCUUCCCCACCAUCAUCCGGCAGACGGGCAUGGGGCUCGUGGGCAUCACCUCAAGGAUUGGAGGCAUCAUCACGCCACUCGUGAUCCUGCUGGCCGACUACCAUGCAGCUCUCCCUAUGGUCAUCUACGGCAGCCUUCCCAUCGUGGCAGGCUUACUCUGUAUGCUGCUGCCAGAGACACGCGGCCAGCCCCUGAAGGAUACCAUCAAGGACCUGGAGCAGGGGCCCCCCGCACGGUCUCUGAAGUCAGCGCCCUCAGAAGUGGAAAUGAAGGCCGCAGGAAGAACGUCCGGCCCAGGGCUGGCCUGUGUGAGCAGCACGUACUUCUGAUGCCACCCCCGGGACACGGCUGGGACCUGAGGGCAGGACCAGCUUUGCCGAUGGACCUGGCUCAGCACCAGCACCCACUGCCAAGCCCACUCCCAGAGGCACUUGGGACAGGGCCUCCCGCCUUUCAUUACCUUUCUUAUCCUCAGGGCCCCACCUCUAACACCCUCUCUGGGUUAGGGUCUUGGGUGAGUUUUUGGCUUAGCUUGUUUUCUGAUCGUCUUAUGGGGCUCUGGCUCCCCUGAUCCUUUCAAUCUGGGCUCCCCCUGUCCUCAAAACACAGCCAAGCCCAGAACAGAUAGGGCCUUUCUAAGCGUGUGGAGUAAGAGGAGAAACAAUGUGAAUUGUGGACCCUGCCCAUGCAGGUGGAUGAAAAAGCUGUGGGUGAAGAGAAAAUGGUGGUUCCUUCGACUGGCUGGAGCAGGCCCUUCUGGCUAAGGUGGGGGGCCCAGGGCAUUUUGUCCUGCUGAGAUAAGACUAUGUCCGGUGGAAAUCAAAGCUUCCUCCUUGCAUUCUCCUCAACCAUCCUCUGGCCCCCUGCCCCGCACUCAGCUCACUGCUAACCUGUGUGGCUCAGGGACCACAACAAGCAGAGGUGGGUUCUGUUCCUCUCCAAGCCCCCCGCCUCCCUUUCUGCUGCUUCUGGCUCCUGCAGGGCCCGGACAGGGUGAGGGGAAAGGGCCGCUGUCUUGACUUAGCUGCCCCGGGUUGUAGCUCUUUCCAGGUUGUGCUGGCUGAUCAGCCGUGCACUCCAGCAGGCAUCUGAAAGUCGGCUCUGUCACGGGGCGUAUUCGUGGCUUUCCAGCAACCUUCUCAGGACCUCUGCGUUGUUCCCUAAUAUGAGCAAUGCCCUUAGCACUGACCUUGCGACCCUCGUCAGCUCCUGCUCCCAGCAUUGCUCCGCAAGUCGUCUCGCUUACUGCUCGCAUACCUUACCGCAGAAGACCCCCCUCUCAGGCAGGACCUCUUAAGCCAGGCUACCUGGCAGCUACUCGACCCACAUGAACACCAUACAUCCUUGUGCCACCAAGAGUGGGAUAAGAGCUCGGUUGGCCACUACGCCUUCCUUUGCCGUGCCUUCAAACGCAUCUCUGGCUGACCUCUCUUCGGACCGUAAGGUUCUGCCUCUCCUCACAGGCACCAGGGUUCAAAGAAGGGCUCUUCAGACCUCCCUCCCUUAAACGCACCGUCUCUGUUGGAGCGUGGAGGUGGAGGCAGGUGCUGGACCAGUUCUGCUCUUUGUCAGUCCAGCAUGGAAGCAUCCCGCUCCCCACUUUCGAUGACGUGGAUCUUUGUAAUGCACAGUUCUCAGCUUGGACAUGACAGGCAGAAGUUCUAUUUAACUCCCUGCUACACACCCAGUCAUGGAGUCCCAAGUCUAACGCUCCCCUUGGGGACACUCAAAAGUCCUUGGCGCUAUGUGACCCCCAGACUGAAACUGCCAAGGGGGGUAAGGGCCUGACUAGGAGGUAGGAGACGGCCAUUUCAAAGCUGAAGGCAGCUUUCUCCUCUAAGAUGUGGACUUGCAUCCUUUUGAGGCAGAAGGAUCUUCAUUCCUGGAGACUUAAAGGGACCCUUUAUUGACACAAGCAUAAAUGUAAGAUUCACCUGUUGCCUCUGGGCAGGUCUUUAAAGACUUGUAUCUCUUUAGGGAUCGUGAGCCACAGGGGAGAAAGAUGUAUGUAUGUAUGUAUUACAAAGUGCCCUGUGACGUGUUCUAGACAAAUGGGUACAUGUUCGUCUUUUAGCAGUUGCUGAUGGGAGGUGAGCAGCUGAGACCCUGGGACCUCAGAGGACAAGAUAUGCAGGCCUGAUCUUGACUCUACCCUGAGAAGCAGUGCCCAGCCUGGACUGGGCAGUGGCUGUUCUCUCUAGGGUGUUGGUGAGCACAGAAUAGCCCAGAUUUGGGGGACAUGCUAGCGCUGGACCCAUUACUCAUGUUAUCGUUAGCUUUGAGGGGGCGAGUACAGGACUCAUAUCUUGGGCCUUUGGGGGCAGGAGCCUUCUUACUCUGGGUCUCGGGCUUCCCAUUUUCUAGUGGAUGACUUUGUAGUUCCCUUUACACUGAUCCUCAAGGAUUCUAACCUCGGGUGCCCUGGCUGGGUGUGAAAGGCAAAGGGCUCCAGCAAUCUGCCCUCAGGGUCCAAUUAGAUAAGAAAGGAGGGCCAUCCCCCAUCCCAGAUCACUGCCAGGCACAUGGCAGGGCCGAGUCCUGAGUGUGGCCCUGACUCAUAUAUCACUAAGCUUUGCCUCACUCACCCACUCGCCUGUCAGGCAGGCCCUGCGUGCCUUGCCCUGCCUUUGGGAGUGUGCUGGACCCAGAGAUGCGCAACUCUUCUGCAGCUGUGAAACUGCUCCCAGAAUCUCGGAAUGAUGCCAUGGCUGAGGAGCAGAGGACACUGGUGUUAAACAAGGCCGCUGACCCCAUGUGCCAGGCCUGGCAGGACCCCCUGAGGUUGGACAUCCUGGAAGAGAACUGCAGGGCCGAUGAAAAGCAGGCAGGAGGGGGUGUAGAUGCCUUUUACUAGUGAAGACUCGCGAUGAGCAGGGGCUGCAGCUGUAAGGAUUUCUGCGAGUUUGAGGAACCAGAUCUACGUGCGGCUUGCAAGGCCACAUCCUUAUUAUUUUUUUUUUUAAGAUUUUAUUGGGGAA